GCCUCCGGUGCUCGACACGCAGAGCAGAGAUAUCAAAGAUAUGGAAAUGUCCAUGUUGACAUCUGGUUAGUAGCCGGGAUGGUAUACAAGUCCUAACAUCUUGCACUUCAAAAUUGGAGGUGGGAGUUGGAUACCAUGGAUUCAUAUGGCCACGAUCAUCUCGAUUUGUCAUCCAUGUUGUGAAACAUGAAAUUCAAGUGUCCGCUAAGCUUUGAGCAUUUCGAGUUCUCGCAGUUGACAUAAGAGAUUGUUCAGAUUAUUGAUGUGAACUUUAUAACCAGUCGCAAUGUCAUAGAAUCAACUCUAUCUGCUCAUUUGAUGUAUACCCGUAUUACUCCAGAGGAUGGUUUCAAUUGUUUUUGCCAAAAUUGUUGAUAACCCUAUUUCUCUUUGCAUUUGCUUCUCUGCCAUGAGCUUGUCGUGAAGAGCAUCCACCAACCUCGGUUAGGAAGAAUGUAAGAAGAACAUCGAUUCCAGCGGAUGAGACAAGUACCUGUCCCGACCAUGAGAGGUCGGUGUAGGCAAGGCCACAUGCAACCUUGCAUGUGCUGUUGUUUUCACCAGGACCAUGGAGGUUGCCAGCAAACCAUUCCUGUGGCACGAGAUGGUGUCAGAAACAUAUCUUGUAUGAAGCUCGGAUUCAUAUUUGUCGGCCACCUGCUCUGAAUCCACUCCGGAUUUGAAGAUCGGUUGGUCCAGUGACCGACGAGUGCAUGCAUGUGCACCAAAUGGAAGUCGAAGGUGGCGAAGGUCCGAACCCCACUCGGUGGCAGCGACAACAACUUCAGAAGACAAUGUUAUGGCAAUGCGCAUGCACAAGGCAAGGCGAGGCUAUGGCCAACAGCAGACAACUGCCUGCAGUUCCAUAGUCGAUCCAUUCAUCUGCCCUGGCCGCUUCAAGAUGAAGUUCUCGAAGAUGACACUGCUCAGGCGACGGCGAGGUUUCUAUCUCUGACAGCAGCAUAUCGAAUUAUGGGAAAUGAAUCAAAACUGGAGGACACUGAGGAGCUAAAUUGCUGUUCUAAGGACAUGGAUACCUCGAAGUUUUCAUUCCGGUCAUUGAGCGGUGCAUAAGUAUAGUCUUUCGAGAGAUGCUUCUUUCACAAUGCAUCCGAGUUCGAAGUGUAGUGACGGGCUCUCGAUGUUUAGUAGGAUAGAGCAGUUCAGUAGCGUUGCGGGCAUCAAAACAAAUGAACAUACAACACUUCGAGAAACAACACCCAACAACAUUGCAAAAUAGUAUUUUAUGUGCCAACCUACAGUAGGAACUUGAAAUCGGGCUUAGAUAAUCUCAGGUCAAUAAGAAUAGAAGAAAACAGAUAAAAUAACAGUCUUUAGAUUAGCGAUUGCGUGUUAGAAAUCUAAGAAAUAUUUCUUUAUGAGAAGAAUGAGUUUCAAAUCAUUUAUAACCUUGAAA